CGCUUUGUGUGUGUCCUGGAUUUGGGAAGGAGCUCGCGGCGGCGGCGGCGGCGGCGGCGCUGAGGGAGGAGGCGGCGGCGGCGAGCGGAGCCCGGAGGAAGAGGAGGAGGGGGAGCCGCUCAUUCAUUUUUACGUCGCAUUUCUGCCCCCGGCCGGCCUCGCCCGGGACCCGGACUUCGGGGCAAUCUUGCUAACUGCGUCGCGCCCUCCGGCCGCGGAGGCUCGGGCGUCGGACAGCCUCCCCCUCUGUGUGGGGUUGGGUUUGUUUUUCCUCGCCGAGACGGAUUUGGGCUUUGCCCCCUUUCUUUGCAGUUUUUUCCCUCUCCUGCCUCUCUGGGUUUGAAAAUGGAGGCCGACGACGCCGACAGCCCGCCCCGGCGCGCCUCGGGUUCCCGACUCCGCCGAGCCCUGGGCCGCGGCUGCCGGCGCUGAGGGGCCGCCCCGCGCCGCCGCCCGCCCCGUCCGCGCAGCCCGGCGGACCCCGGCCGGCGCCGCCUUUGGAGUAUUGUUUCCCUAGCCCUUGUUUUUGGAGGGGGGCGAAGACUGAGUUUGAGACUUUUUCUUUUCCUCCACCCCCCCUUUUUUUUUGAGAAAGGGGAAUUUCGUCCCAAAUAAAAGGAAUGAAGUCUGGCUCCGGAGGAGGGUCCCCGACCUCGCUGUGGGGGCUCCUGUUUUUCUCCGCCGCGCUCUCGCUGUGGCCGACGAGUGGAGAAAUCUGCGGGCCAGGCAUAGACAUCCGCAAUGACUACCAGCAGCUGAAGCGCCUGGAGAACUGCACGGUGAUCGAGGGCUACCUCCACAUCCUGCUCAUCUCCAAGGCCGAGGACUACCGCAGCUACCGCUUCCCCAAGCUCACGGUCAUCACCGAGUACCUGCUGCUGUUCCGCGUGGCCGGCCUGGAGAGCCUCGGCGACCUCUUCCCCAACCUCACGGUCAUCCGUGGCUGGAAGCUCUUCUACAACUACGCCCUGGUCAUCUUCGAGAUGACCAACCUCAAGGACAUCGGGCUGUACAACCUGAGGAACAUCACCCGGGGGGCCAUCAGGAUUGAGAAGAAUGCCGACCUCUGCUACCUCUCCACGGUGGACUGGUCCUUGAUCCUGGACGCUGUGUCCAAUAACUACAUCGUGGGGAACAAGCCCCCGAAGGAGUGCGGGGACCUGUGUCCAGGGACGAUGGAGGAGAAGCCGUUGUGUGAGAAGACCACCAUCAACAAUGAGUACAACUACCGCUGCUGGACCACGAACCGCUGCCAGAAAAUGUGCCCGAGCGCGUGCGGGAAGCGGGCGUGCACGGAGAACCACGAGUGCUGCCACCCCGAGUGCCUGGGCAGCUGCAGCGCGCCCGACGACGACGCGGCCUGCGUGGCCUGCCGCCACUACUACUACGCCGGCGUCUGCGUGCCCAGCUGCCCGCCCAACACCUACCGCUUCGAGGGCUGGCGCUGCGUGGACCGCGACUUCUGCGCCAACAUCCCCAGCGCCGAGAGCAGCGACUCCGAGGGCUUCGUGAUCCACGACGGCGAGUGCAUGCAGGAGUGCCCCUCGGGCUUCAUCCGCAACGGCACUCAGAGCAUGUACUGCAUCCCUUGCGAAGGCCCUUGCCCCAAAGUCUGUGAGGAAGAAAAGAAAACAAAGACCAUUGAUUCAGUCACUUCUGCUCAAAUGCUCCAAGGAUGCACCAUCUUCAAGGGCAAUCUGCUCAUUAAUAUCCGACGUGGCAACAACAUCGCUUCGGAACUGGAGAACUUCAUGGGGCUCAUUGAGGUGGUGACGGGCUACGUGAAGAUCCGUCACUCCCACGCCUUGGUGUCCUUGUCCUUCCUGAAGAACCUGCGCCAGAUCCUAGGAGAGGAGCAGCUCGAGGGGAAUUACUCCUUCUACGUCCUCGACAACCAGAACUUGCAGCAGCUGUGGGACUGGGACCACCGCAACCUGACUAUCAAAGCUGGGAAAAUGUACUUUGCUUUCAAUCCCAAAUUGUGUGUCUCCGAAAUUUACCGCAUGGAGGAGGUGACCGGGACUAAAGGGCGCCAGAGCAAAGGGGACAUAAACACCAGGAACAACGGAGAGCGAGCCUCCUGCGAAAGCGAUGUCCUGCACUUCACCUCCACCACCACCUGGAAGAACCGCAUCAUCGUCACCUGGCACCGGUACCGGCCCCCUGACUACAGGGACCUCAUCAGCUUCACCGUCUACUACAAGGAGGCACCCUUUAAAAACGUCACGGAGUAUGACGGGCAGGAUGCCUGUGGCUCCAACAGCUGGAACAUGGUGGAUGUGGACCUCCCUCCCAACAAGGACAUCGAGCCUGGCAUCUUACUGCAGGGGCUGAAGCCCUGGACGCAGUAUGCUGUCUACGUCAAGGCCGUGACCCUUACCAUGGUGGAGAACGACCACAUCCGUGGGGCCAAAAGCGAGAUCUUGUACAUUCGCACCAACGCUUCAGUUCCUUCCAUUCCCCUGGAUGUUCUCUCAGCAUCAAACUCCUCUUCUCAGCUGAUUGUGAAGUGGAACCCGCCCUCUCUGCCCAACGGCAACCUGAGUUACUACAUCGUGCGGUGGCAGCGCCAGCCUCAGGACAGCUACCUUUACCGGCACAACUACUGCUCCAAAGGUGAGGACAAAAUCCCCAUCAGGAAGUAUGCUGAUGGCACCAUCGACGUCGAGGAGGUGACGGAGAAUCCCAAGACCGAAGUGUGUGGUGGCGAGAAAGGGCCGUGCUGCGCUUGCCCCAAAACCGAGGCCGAGAAGCAGGCCGAGAAGGAGGAGGCCGAGUACCGCAAGGUCUUCGAGAAUUUUCUGCACAACGCCAUCUUCGUGCCCAGACCCGAAAGGAAGCGGAGAGAGGUCAUGCAGGUCGCCAACACCACCACGUCCAGCCGAAGCAGGAACACUACGGUGGUGGACACCUACAACAUCACAGACCCAGAAGAGCUUGAGACAGAGUACCCUUUCUUUGAAAGCAGAGUGGACAACAAGGAGAGAACCGUAAUCUCUAACCUCCGGCCUUUUACUUUGUACCGCAUCGACAUCCACAGCUGUAACCACGAGGCUGAGAAGCUGGGCUGCAGUGCCUCCAACUUUGUCUUUGCAAGAACCAUGCCUGCAGAAGGAGCAGAUGACAUUCCUGGACCGGUGACCUGGGAGCCAAGGCCUGAGAACUCCAUCUUUUUAAAGUGGCCAGAACCUGAGAAUCCCAAUGGAUUGAUUCUAAUGUAUGAAAUAAAAUACGGAUCACUCGUCGAGGAUCAGCGGGAGUGUGUGUCUAGACAGGACUACAGGAAGUAUGGAGGGGCCAAGCUGAACCGGCUCAACCCAGGGAACUACACGGCCCGGAUCCAGGCCACCUCUCUCUCUGGGAAUGGGUCGUGGACGGAUCCUGUGUUCUUCUACGUCCAGGCCAAAACGACGUAUGAAAAUUUCAUCCAUCUGAUCAUCGCCCUGCCUGUUGCCGUGCUGUUGAUUGUGGGCGGGUUGGUUAUAAUGUUGUACGUCUUCCACAGGAAAAGAAAUAACAGCAGGCUGGGGAACGGAGUGCUGUAUGCUUCGGUGAACCCGGAGUACUUCAGUGCAGCCGAUGUGUACGUGCCUGACGAGUGGGAGGUCGCCCGGGAGAAGAUCACCAUGAGCCGAGAGCUGGGGCAGGGCUCCUUCGGCAUGGUUUACGAAGGCGUUGCCAAGGGUGUGGUCAAAGAUGAGCCUGAGACCAGGGUGGCCAUUAAGACGGUGAACGAGGCCGCGAGCAUGCGCGAGAGGAUUGAGUUUCUCAAUGAGGCCUCAGUGAUGAAGGAGUUCAACUGUCACCACGUGGUGCGCCUGCUGGGCGUGGUGUCGCAGGGCCAGCCGACGCUGGUCAUCAUGGAGCUCAUGACCCGGGGGGACCUCAAAAGUUAUCUCCGGUCUCUGAGGCCAGAAAUGGAGAAUAACCCAGUCCUAGCACCUCCAAGCCUAAGCAAAAUGAUCCAGAUGGCUGGAGAGAUUGCAGAUGGCAUGGCAUACCUCAACGCCAAUAAGUUUGUCCACAGAGACCUCGCUGCCCGGAACUGCAUGGUGGCCGAAGAUUUCACAGUCAAAAUCGGAGAUUUUGGGAUGACGAGAGACAUCUAUGAGACAGACUAUUACCGGAAAGGAGGGAAAGGGCUGCUGCCCGUGCGCUGGAUGUCCCCCGAGUCCCUCAAGGAUGGAGUCUUCACCACGCACUCCGACGUCUGGUCCUUCGGGGUCGUCCUCUGGGAGAUCGCCACGCUGGCCGAGCAGCCGUACCAGGGCUUGUCCAACGAGCAAGUCCUUCGCUUCGUCAUGGAGGGUGGCCUUCUGGACAAGCCGGACAACUGUCCUGACAUGCUGUUUGAGCUGAUGCGCAUGUGCUGGCAGUACAACCCCAAGAUGAGGCCCUCCUUCCUGGAGAUCAUCAGCAGCAUCAAGGACGAGAUGGAGCCCGGCUUCCGGGAGGUGUCCUUCUACUACAGUGAGGAGAACAAGCCGCCCGAACCCGAGGAGCUGGACCUGGAGCCGGAGAACAUGGAGAGCGUCCCCCUGGACCCCUCGGCCUCCUCGUCCUCCCUGCCGCUGCCCGACAGACACUCAGGACACAAGGCCGAGAACGGCCCCGGCCCCGGCGUGCUGGUCCUGCGAGCCAGCUUCGAUGAGAGACAGCCUUACGCGCACAUGAACGGGGGCCGCAAGAACGAACGGGCCCUGCCUCUGCCCCAGUCUUCGACCUGCUGAUCCUGGAGCCGAGUCCCGGGCAAACAGUAACGCGCGCAGGCUCGGCGGCGGGUGGGGGGAGCGUGCUAACAAUCUAUCCGCAGCCUCCUGUACCUCAGUGGAUCUUCAGAACUGCCAUUGCUGCCCACGGGAGACGGCUUCUCUGCAGUAAACACAUUUGGGAUGUUCCUUUUUUCAAUAUGCAAGCAGCUUUUUAUUUCCCUACCCAAACCCUUAACUGACACGGGCCUUUAAGAACCUUAAGGACAACACUUAAUAGCAACCGUCGCCCUGAGAAUCGGGUCUCCUCACUCUCUCCCUGUCUCUCCUCCUCCUCCCUCUCAUCUCUGUCUCUGUCUCUGUCCUUUCUCUCUCUUUCUGCUUCGUGAUGGAAACACAUUGGCCGCAAGCCCAGCCAGGACACCCUUUUCUAUUGGGUGGCCCCACGUGGCCCCUGAACACACCUGCCGGUCACCUUAGGUCUUUAUAAAAAAACAUGUUGAGACGGAAUUUUUUAACUGUAUCUUUAACUUUUUAGGGACAUAGGAAAUUUAAAAAGGGCCAUCAUCCAAGGUCGGUACCGUGUUAACGCUGCCAAAUUCUGCCCAAACCCUGAACUCCCUCCCCCGCCGUCCCCGCGCUGCUUCCUUGUUCCCGGAGGCCCCGGGUGAGCCCGGCAGCCCGGUGCGCGCUAAGGGCCACGCCGGUGAUGCCCUCCGUCCGGCCGUCCCCGGUGUCCCUUCCAACUCUCACGUUCACACAGCUCUAAUUGCUUUUGACUAGGUUAUUAUUUGGGGGAACUGGACAGAAUGAGACUUUCUCUCAGUGAAGAUGGGGGAGAAGCUGAAUCAGCUUCCCUGACCCUCUUUGCGUACCCCCACCUUCCAGCCCCCAGGAAAUCUGGAGAAAACAGGCCCUGUUGGGAACCUGGAAGACAGGCUUUGAGUAAAGGUCGUCCGCGUGCCAGUCUCCUGUCCUCGCCCCAGCUCCCCCACCCGGCCCCCAAGGACACUGAUGGGAAGGGGUUUCCAGGGACUCAGCCCAACUGUUUAUGCAGGUUUGCAAGGAAAGAAAUUCAAACACCACAACCACAGUCCGAAGAAAAGCAGUAAAUGGAUUCAAGCAUUCUAAGCUUUGUUGACAUUUUCUCUGUUACUAGGACUUCUUCAUGGGUCUUACAGUUCUAUGUUAGACCAUGAAACAUUUGCAUACACAUCGUCUUUAAUGUCACUUUUAUAACUUUUUUACGGUUCAGAUAUUCAUCUAUACGUCUGUACAGAAAAAAAAAGCUGCUAUUUUUUUUGUUCUUUUAUCUUUGUGGAUUUAAUCUAUGAAAACCUUCAGGUCUACCCUUCUUCCCUCUCUGCUCACUCCAAGAAACUUCUUAUGCUUUGUACUAGAGUGCGUGACUUUCUUCCUCUUUUCCCAGUAAUUGAUACUUCUAUAACAUAAUUUGCCAUGAACUGUUUGAUGCCUUUUUAUAAAGACACGCCCCCUCCCUGGCCCCUGCCCCGUCAGUUCUGUCCUCCCCGUAGGCUCUGUGGGCACGAGGCUGGUGGGGGAGGAGGCAGGGAGGGGGCCGCACGGGCUCCCCUCAGCCUGCUCUCCCGCAGCGUCUGAGUCUGUUACAGUGCAAGACAUGAUACAAACUCAGGUCAGAAAAAAAAAAAAGGUUAAAUAUUUCGCACAUCCUUGUUCAGUGUUUAUAUUCACCAUUGUUGGAAAGUCUCACCUUCUCUUUCCCUUGCCUUUGUUUUUGGUUGUGACACACAUAUCUCUAUUUUUUUAAUUCUUGGGUACAACAGCAGUUUUAACUGCAUACACUAGGCAUUUGGAUUACUAUUUUUUUCAAUGGCUGUCUAACCCUUCCAUCCCAUGGAAAACGCUGCUGAGUCCAGGGGUGCAGCGGCCCGUCUGCGGCCUCCCGCCACCACCCUCCAGACCCACCUACCUGUCUUUAGAAGCAGACUCCCCGGGCACCCUGGCACCGGCUGGGAGUUGGGUGCAGGGGCAGCACCCUCGGGGUGCCAGCCAGCCCGCUGCCAGGUGGGGACAGCGCAGGCGCCGCGUGGCUGAGGGGCCGCGAGCCUCGGCGCUGGCAUGCCUUUCCUUGGCCAGGAGUCCCAGUCCUCGGGCCUGGGGGUCUUGUUUUGUUUAGUUUUUAGCACUUCUCACAGAGCGAUGACAGCACAAGAGUUGCUUCUGGGAUGGAAAUGUUUAAAUUAUGAGUAAGAACAAAGCUACAAUAUGAUGAUUGCUAGUUGUGACUGGAGAUUAAACACAAAAAAGAAAGUUUGUAGUGCUUUUUUGCUUGUCAGUAGUUUCAGUCCCACUCUUUUCUCUAGCCUGUCCCAUAGUUGUUCCCUUGGGAAAAAGAAAAAAAAAAAGAAAAAGAAAAAAUUAAUUAAGAAGGUAUUUUAUGUAGGAGUGUUCUUUUAAUUUAUUUUGUGAUACCAGUUUCAGUCACUGUAGAGAAGCCCCAUUAUGAAUUUAAAUACUGAGAAAAGGGUUGUUUGUGUGUGUGUGUGUGUGUGUGUGUGUGUGUGUAGUAAGACGGGACAGUUUUUGGCUUUUUGUUUUUUUUCCAAACAUCUACCUCACUCUUAUUUUGUAUAUGUGUAUAUAUAAAAAGGAUACAUCUCACAUCUCUCAGCACCUGACAAUAUGCCGUUGAUACUGGUGACCUCGUCCACACCACAGCCGCACACACCAGGUGGCGCAGGAGAGGCCAGGCUGUAUUCCAGGCUCAGAGCGACACUAGCUCCCCCUGCCCCGACUCGUUCCUAACAGCUCCCCGUUUCUGCGACGUCUCAACUUGCGUCGCUUCUGUCCUUCUCUGACUCGGUUUCCCAAGAGGCGGGGAGGGCCCAGGCUGCUGGGCUCUGCAACCACCGACCUUGUGUGCAGGCUUCCCGGGCACCAGGUGGGGAAGCGUCUCCGGGAGCCCCUGUCGCCCCUGCGGUCACCUGCAGGUGUGGGGCUCGGCUCCCGCUGACUCAGCCCCAGGCUGACCCGACGGCCAGUCCCACGUAGAAUGUACUGAGAAGGACCCCUCCUCCCCCUCCAGACUGUGCUCUCAACCUCACCCUCACCUCCUCCCCAGGGGAAGACAAAGAUGAACCAAACCCCCGGGCUGGAGGGGGCCAGCGGCGGGCCGAGCCCCUGUCCCUCUCCCGCUGGCUGCUGCUCUCACAGGCACUGGCAUCUUUUCUGGGAAACGCGGUGGGGUCCUCCCCCAGUGUGGCGGGCUCCUCCACAGCCCCAGGACUGCAGUUAAGCUCAGGAGCUUCCUCCCUCCUGCUAGAACACUCCUCGCCCCUCCCACGUCCCCUGGGACCAUAAGGGCACUGAGAAAGUGUUUGAUCAGGGUUUCCCGCUGCCACACUGCAGGUGACCCCUAGGAAUAGUGGCCUCUCCUUGCUUUUGCACACCCCUCCCGGUUUCCACAACUGGAUUUCUACAGUUCAUUCAGCUGGUUAUAAGGGUUUUGUUGAAACUGUCCGAGUUGUUGGUGUCACUUCAUUUUUGUUCUAUGUAGGUGGUUUUCCUUUGAGUAGAACGAAAACACUAACAGUGUAGUGCCCAUCAUAACGAAUGCUUCAGAAACACUUAAAUAAAAGAGAGAAUUCUGCUUGCGUGACGGUGCAGUCAUUUUACUGGACCAGACCACCCACCAUGACUCUACCAAGGCAUCAGCUCUCCACAGUCCUGGCCUAGUUUUGCGCUGAUUUCCCCACCUCUUCUUGGUUUCCUCCUCUGUAUGCUCCACACAAUUUACUCGAGCUGAGUGCGGCGCUCUCCACGCAGCCCUCUUCUGACAGCAGCUCCCACUGCUUGAAGUGACGUGAACCACUGAGGCACAUCACUGAACUGACGUGAGCAUCAAAACGUACCACACACAGCCCUGCCCUGGGGCAGCAGGCCUGCUGCCUUCUGGACACGCUGUGGCACUUGCGCUGGGUGAGACCCAGACCACCCCAGGUGUCCUGCACGGGAUGUCCUGCUGUUUGACACAGCUGGAAUGAGCUUCCUCCUUGGAAGCGAGAAGACCGUGUUCGUGGCUGGACAGUGGCCUCUCCUUCCAGCCUGUUUCUUAGGACUUGGGACAUUUCAAUGGUAGAAAUGUGGUUAUUGUGGAACUACCCGAUGCUGAAAUGCUUGGCGUGAAGUGGUGCUUUUCGGUUGGGAUGAGAGAUGUACAAGCCAAGUUUGAUGCCAGAUUCUAGGCCAGUGUGUUCCACCCAAGCCUCUUUCUCAGCAGCCUGCCUCCGCCGGCAGGUGGCCAGACGGGAUGCAGGCGGCUGGUACGGCAAGGUCGCACUAGCUCACAUCAGUGAGAAGGCUAGGAUGCUUGGUCCAAGGUCCUCAGCUGUCACUGUUGGGUCCUCUGGCCAGUGUCAAAGGCAACUCCUUUCCAAAACACAGGCACCCUCCAGUUGGCUGUAAAUCUCUAUGGUAUGCCUCGGCCCAUUCCGGCAGUCCCAGUAAUGCAUUUAAGGUUUGGGGUUUGUUCUUUUGUUAAUGUUACUUUUGUUUGUCGGCUUUUUAUUUCCUGGGCUAAGCGGCGUUGGGAGAUAUGGACCAGAGAUCCACUCUUUGAGAACCAGUGAUGAAAAUCAAACUGUCUUACUCCACUCUGACAUAGCUGGUGGUACAAACGAGAACAAGAGACGAUGCUGUUUAGAUUGAACCUCUGUUGCCAGAGAUGCUGAAGAUACAGACCUGGGACAGGCCAGAGGGUUUCACUUUUGGCUUCCAGCUUAGAUGACUGGCUGGAGGAAAGCAUUUAAAGGAAAAGCAGAUGAACACCCCUUGAUGGUGGAAUGACGAGGCAGGGGGAAACCCCUGUAACAGGGAUCGUGAAGGACACGGAAAGGAGUCACGAGCAGAAGGUUCAGGGCUUGGAAGAAGUGUGGGCUGUGUUUGGAACUGGAUGGUUUCUGAAGGCUCUACAGUCACCCGUGGGCAUUUGGUUUCAACCAAUCAGCCUAACAUCCUACUGUGGAAACUGUGGCUGCCGAGUUCAGUCAAAUUGUUCAAGAACGCAAACUGCACCGCAGACGUCAGGUGUCGGUUCUGGGGCAUGACUUUAGGGCUUCGUUGUAUUUCGUUUAUGCGAGAACGUGUCGCUCACGCAUCUGUGUGUCCCCGUUUGUGUGUGUCCGCAUCUUUCUGGUAAACAUCAUUUUAGUCACUCAUUAGCGUUUUCAAUAGGGCUCUUAAGUCCAGUAGAUUACGGGUAGUCAGUUGACGAAGAUCUGGUUUACAAGAACUAAUUAAAUGUUUCAUUGCAUUUUUGUAAGGACAUAGAAUAAUUUUAUAAAAUGUUUGUAGUUUAUAAUUGCCGAAAAUAAUUUAAAGACACUUUUUUUCCUCUGUGUGUGCAAAUGUGUUUGUGAUCCAUUUUUUUAGGACACUCGUUUACUAGCUAGCUUUACAAUAUGCCAAAAAAGGAUUUUUCCCUGACCCAAGCCGUGGUUCCCCCUCUUCCCCGCCAAGCUUUGUGCCCUAGUUUAUAACAAAGGAAUGAUGAUGAUUUAAGAAGUAGUUCUGUAUCUUCAGUAUCUUGGUCUUCCAGAACCCUCUGGGUGGGAAGGGGAUCAUCUUUUACUGGUCAUUUCCCUUUGGAGUGUAGCUACUUUAACAGACUGAAAGAACCUCAUUGGCCAAGGAAACAGCAGAGGUGUUGCGGCCCACGGUGUCCAUGGCACCAUCAGCAUCUGGCUUGGCUGGGUUGGCAGUUGUGCUGUUAGACGCAAUGCCUUGGGAUGGAGGGACACCACUGCCCAGCUGAUGGUUUGCACAAUGAUCACAGCGUACAGACUUACCAUACAAAUGAUGAUCAUUCUGGUGCACGCAGGCCGUUUGCUUACAUGCCUCAUAUAAUUAACACUUUGUUAUAACAGGAAGAGACCCUAUUUAUUUUUAUUUAAGGCAGAACACCAAUGAUCGAUAUUUUUCAAUUCCAAACAAAUUCUUUUUAAUAAAAACUAUACACACGCAAGCUUUUUUUUUUUUUUUUUUUUUGUAAGUUUGACUCCAUUCCUUCUGGCUCCCAAUGGAUUAUUGGCUAGGUCUACACAACUCCACAAAAUCUCCAUCAUUGGAAACAUCUGGAUGUUUUGCAUUACAUGGGAGAAAGGUCCAGAAACAAUUUGGGUUUUGUUUGCAACUUUUCAUUUAGAUGUCUGGCAUUGCAGAGACACCGUCACAGGUGGAACAGAUGCUUGGCAAAAACACCUGUCUGUUUUCUAAGCCAGUGAGGUUGAGGUGAGAGGUUUGCCAGAGUUUGUCUACCUCUGGGACAAAAAAAAAAAAAAAAAAAAUCAAA